AUGUCAAACGAAUUUUCCGCCGUUUUACCAGUGUCCCGAGAUAUCGAUGAUUUCCCUCCCAUUGCAUAUUGCAUUCAUCAAGGUUACCGCGUGCCAGAUUACUUCCUUGGUUGGGUUGUCACUGUCAAAGAAGCCAUACAGCUCUUGGAACCAGCCCCAGAGGGUCGUGAAGCAAUCGGCUACUACCGCUAUGAGCUACUUCCAUCAAGGUGGGGAACAACCAAGGCAAAGUCGGAUCUGAAGCCACCAGACUUGAUACUCUGGAUCUAUGAGACUGGCCGCGAGUCACAACAUAAGAAUGAAGCACAUUUACUUCUCUAUGUUGCUCAGAAUAGCAAUGAAGAUCUGAAAAUGGUCAAAGAACAUAAGGAAGAACUCAUUACGAGGUCCAUAGAAGCUUUCGGGCUCACAUCCGAAAUGCAGGAGAAGGUCAAGUGGUAUCGGUUGAAAUGA